AUGGCCGACGGGUCCGACGUAGACGAGCUGCUGACGACCUUUAAGAAGUUCGCUGUUCACGGAGACACGAAGGCUUCCGGCAACGAGCUGAACGGGAAGAACUGGAACAAGCUCUGUAAAGACUGUAAGAUCACUGACGGCAAGAACGUCUGCAGCACAGACGUAGACAUCGUCUUCUCCAAAGUCAAACAGAAAGCAGCUCGUGUCAUCACAUACGAGGAGUUCCGCAGAGCUUUGGAGGAUUUGGCUCCAAAGAGGUUCAAAGGUCAAAGUAAAGAGGAAGCGUUCCAGUCCAUCAGCAGCCUGCUGGAGGGCCGGGAGCCUAGCAACGUGGGCGUAACGAGAGUAGCGAAAACGGCGGCGGUGGACCGGCUCACCGAUACGUCCCGUUACACCGGCUCUCACAAGGAGCGCUUCACCGAGGACGGGAAGGGCAAAGGUCGCGAGGGCCGCGAGGAGCUGGUGGAGAACACCGGCUACGUCGGCGCCUACAAGAACGCCGGCACCUACGACGCCAAGGUGAAGCCAGAGAAGUGA